AUGAUAGCACCCUACUUCUGCCGAGUAAAACCUCUAAUGGGUGGCAACGAAUUCGUCAAAAUGGACCUGGCACCGAAGGUGAAGCUGAUUGCCGGUAUUUUUGUCAGCAUGUCCAUCAUCUCCACCGUACUCGCGUGUGCGCUCUGGAACUUCCCUGCUCAAUCAACUACGAACAAUACCUUGUACUUCUGUGAGUUUCGAAAGUUACUAGUUGAACUUUACGCCGUUUUUCUUUUUUCGAAGUCGCUUCUAAAGUGUGUUAUCUGUCGCGGUGCAGGAGAACCAGCGAGAUUUGUUCCCCGCCUUUUACCUGCGUGUGGCCUACUGAUAGGUUUCGUAUUGAAUUCCGGUAUUGCCUACUGCCUUCUCAUUGGAACUGUCCAGCGGAACUCUCGAAUGUUCUUCCCAUAUAUCGUAUGCGCAUCGAUCCAUUGUGCAAUCAGGUGA